AUGACAGAAUACAUUCUUAUUUUAAGCUCAUUUGUUGCUUUAGGUUGUAUGGCUACAUCUUUGAAGCCUUCACCUAUUUAUGGGGGUAUGUGCCUAAUUAUUAGUGGGUGCGCUGGUUGUUUAGCGGUGUUAGGGUUUGGUGGAUCAUUUUUGGGAUUAAUGGUGUUUUUAAUUUAUUUGGGUGGUAUGAUAGUUGUAUUUGGGUAUACAACUGCUAUGUCAGCUGAGGAGUAUCCUGAGACUUGAGUGUCUAGUUGAUUAGUGUUUGGUAUCUUGGUGAUAAGCAUAUUUAUAGAGUUAGGUAUGACGUUUGUUACUAAAUAUUAUGAGGGUGUAGAGUUAAUUUUGAAUUUUAAUGAUAUGGGAGGAUGAGUGAUUUAUGAUGGUGAUGAACUGGGGUUGAUAGGUGAGGGUGGAGCUGGUGUAGCAGCAUUAUAUAGCUGCUCAGCUUGAUUAAUGGUUGUUUCUGGGUGAACUUUACUUAUGGGUGUGUUUAUUAUUAUUGAGAUUACUCGUGGAAAUUAA